AUGUCGCGCCCUUUUCGGCUGGCGAAACCUCAAAACCCGCUGCACCUGUACCGUCACCUGCUCCGUGAAGCAUCAUACCUCCCGCCUGUUGCCCGCCCGUUUAUCGAAAAGCGCAUCCAGUCCCGGUUCCAGAAGAGCAGAAAAGAUGACGAGGAGCGGAGCGCAAAGCACAUCGCGCAGGCGCACCACGACCUUCGCUUACUCCGGGCCGCGAACCUCGGCGACACGGCCCGCAUGCGCCGCGUCCUGCUCCAUGCGUUCGGCCGCUUAGGCCGCCGGCGUCGGGAGCUGAUGGACCGGGUGAUCCAUCGCGACGUACCCACCGAGACCGAGGAGCUGCAAAAGUACGCCGCCGAGGCGUCUGCACUUGUGACCCAGGGAAGUAAAUUGGACUGGCUGGAUAUGUGGGAUGUUGAUAAGCUGCGCACAUACGCCCGCUCCCAGAUGCAGGCAGGCUUGAUCAAUUCGCCCAAGCCAACCAUCACGGCUUUCCAGAUCACACCGGACAAAGUCAUACCGACCGAGAACGCGUGGGGCCGGCCGCUCGCGCCCAAGCUCUACCGGACAAAGCUGAAAAAUGUGUGGAAGGCAGUGGCCGACAAAUGCAUGCCGCCGCUUCCCAAGGAGCAAUGGGAACAGCUCCGUGCCAUCGCCACGGGCCAGGCAGAGGGGAACUGGCUGCCCCCUCCUCGACGGCCCGUGGCGCGAAGCUUGUAUCCAGAUGAGCAGACAGCCGAGUGGGACUGGCAGUCAUACGCCAUCAAGCCUGUUGCCGUCGUCGACCGGCCCGCCAACAGGCGCAACAAGCUGCUGAGCGGCGCGGUGGACGACAACACGCCCACCGGCGACCCUGAGCCACUCAAUUGCCACAAAUACACGGCACGGAUGUGGCGUCGCUUGCUUGGAGGCAUCUGGCAGCUGACCGCGACCAUGGAGAAGAAGCCGGGCGGCCGUGGCUGGCACAUCACUUGGGGAAAGGAAGAGUUUCGGCCUGCUCCGGCCAGCGCAGGUGCCAUGGAGUUUUUCACGGAUUUCCCAGAACCGGCGCAGCCCAAAGGUGGAGGCAAGGCGAAAACAUGA